AUGCACGAAAAGCAUUGGUAUCUUGUUUUGAGCCGAUCUCAUGAUUGCUUUGGUGGCGAAGGUGCCAGCGAAGACGAGAAGAUGUAUGAAGAUAAGGCUAAGCAGAGCAGCGAUGAAGGUGGACCAAAGCAGGAGGGAAAGAAUAUGAGACAGAUUCCGGUUGAUAACGGUAAUGAUAAUGCGGCUGCAGCAAGUUUCGAGCCCCAUAGUAUCCAGCCAGUCGACGCAGUGCUUUCAUCUUAUUCUGGAUAUACCUUGACCUUCAAGUCCUCCUACGACGGAGUUUAUGACGUACUCCAACCAGCACCGACUGCGCCUGUAGAGAUGCUCUCCAUUUUCAAGGAGAAUCCCCCAAGUUGCGUCGAAAACAUCACCGAAUUAUGUCCCGAGCUGUACUCUUCGGCCUACCUUUGCUCGAAUCCGUUCAACGUCACCAUUUCUCGCCCUGACUGUUAUUGCGUUAUGCUUCUCGGAAAUGCCUGCCCGGGCCUCUGCCUGGAAGGACGACAGCCUGACGAUUAUCUCGGCUGGACAGUGCCGAUGUGUGACGAUGGCAGUGCAUUUGCGAACUCUGCCGCGUUCGGGAAUGUUUCUGUAUUUGCGAACAUCUCAAAGAGCUCUUCAAUAAACGGGACGUUUAUUGCACGUGUGAAGGAAUACAAUGCUACAUGGAAAGAACUUUGGCCGAACUACAAGAACACGAGUGAGACGGCAUAUCUGAAUGACAAGAACGAGAGUGAGACGGCAUAUCUGAACCAUAAGAACGCGAGUGAGACGGCAUAUCUGAGUAUAAUCCCGUGGAAGUGGAGUCUUGAGCCACAGAAUAUAGCUCAGACAGGUUGGACCACGAAUAUCACCGUUUGGACCCCGAAUACCACCGUUUGGACUACGAAUAGCACCUGCCCUUCUGUAAAAAGAAAACUUUUGAUAUUUGCUAUUCCGAACGCUAUCACGUUUGGUAGCUCAAUCAUCCUGGCCAACCGAAAAUUCGCCCAGUUCGUUACUUGCACGCUAGGCGGGAGAAAAGGAAGUCAAAGCUGGGCAAGCAUGGCGAUACUCGGCGUCCUUCUCGAUCUCAUUGCCACCUACAUCAAUGCGAGAUACGUGAAAAAACAGCCUGGCUAUGAGGACGUCAUAAUCGGGAAAUUGUUCAUGCUCUGGACUGCCAGGCCCAGACUUGGGUGGCCUGUCGUCGUCUGGGCUCUCUUUUUCGACACGACUGACUACAUUUCAGCCGCCAUAGCAUUACCUCUCACAGAAGUGAUCCUCCAAAUCAUUGGAGUUGUGUACAUCGGUUGGGCGGCGGAUGUCGGACGUCGACAUGGCUACUCCAGCUUGCAGAAAAGCCCUCACAAAUCCGACGCCCGGAUGAUGUGCGCGGGUGCUAUUGUAGCACUUUUGGGGCUUGGGUUCGCGCUCAGCUGGGCUUUCAUCAUUUACACCCCCGUUGGCCGCAAACUCAUCGAAAACUUCCAGCGGACCGCUCGUUUCUUCACACAGUGCUUCGACUCUAUUGGCCGUUUCAUCCUAGCGCCGGUCAGGACUACUCAUGACUUCGUCAUCCCACUCUUCUUCGUAAUCUGGGGUCUGGGCCUUCGGCUUUACUACUAUCCCGCCUGGGUACUCAGCAAGCUCGUUCCUGGGUGGAGUCGUGAGAAACCAGCGCUCAGGCCAAUCUCAAAUGCGUGGAGAAUGAAAAGGUCCGCGCGGACGACAGGCACUGAGCUCAUGACAAAAACGGAACGCGAGGCUUUGACGCAGGAGGAGGCCAUAGUACAGAUGGGCUUUUCCGAAAAUAUCCCAAGGAGGCUGGCCUACCACGCAAUGCUUCUUAUCGUACCUUACCUUGGCCAGUGGCUACUCUGGGUAGGGUUUGUCACGCUGUCGCAGGACCACUACUGUCCACCCAAGUUGAGCUAUUUGACUGCUGUUUGGAGCGUUUUCUCUUGCAUAUCUGUUUUCUUGAGCGCGGCAGUAUAGUUUCAAAGUCAAUGUGGAAGUAGUCAAGUAUGAGCUUGCGAUAUACUACAUCCAUUCCGAAUACCCCUGCACUUUUUUCCC